ACUUUAGUUUUGGCGUCGGCGGCGAGUUUCUGUCUCAGUCGGGCGCAGCCGCCGCCGGGGGAGAGAGAGGGGAGGAAGGAAGGAAGGAACUCCGGGAGCAGAGCGGGCAGCGGGGGAGGGGAGCCCCCGCCGCCCCUCCCGAGCGCAGCCGGCGGGGCCGCGGGGCGCGGGCGGGGGGCGCGGGGUCGCGGCCUGUCCCCCCCGGCCCCGCGAGCGCCCAGAGGGCCGCCGCCGCCGUCCCCCCCCUCCACCCCCACCCCGGGCGGAGCCCUCGGCCGCGUCGUCGGGCCGGCGCCGAGCAUGGACCCCGGGCCGCCGCCCGCACAGCCCCCGGCCGCCCCCGGCCCCCCGGGCCCGCCGCCCGCGCAGCCCCCGCCGGGGCAGGGCCCACCGCCCGCGCCCGGGCCGGCCGCACCCCCGGGGCCACAACCCCCCCCCGCCGGCCACCAAAUCGUGCACGUCCGGGGGGACUCGGAGACCGACCUGGAGGCGCUCUUCAACGCCGUCAUGAACCCCAAGACGGCCAACGUGCCGCAGACGGUGCCCAUGAGGCUGCGGAAGCUGCCGGACUCCUUCUUCAAGCCGCCGGAGCCCAAGUCCCACUCGCGGCAGGCCAGUACUGAUGCAGGCAGUGCCGGAGCACUGGCUCCCCAGCACGUUCGAGCUCAUUCCUCCCCAGCUUCCCUGCAACUGGGGGCCGUGUCUCCUGGGACACUGACCCCCACUGGAGUGGUCUCGGGUCCCGCGGCUACACCCGCUGCUCAGCACCUGCGACAGUCUUCUUUUGAGAUACCUGACGAUGUCCCUCUGCCCGCGGGCUGGGAGAUGGCAAAGACCUCUUCUGGUCAGAGAUACUUCUUAAAUCACAUCGAUCAGACAACAACAUGGCAGGACCCCAGGAAGGCCAUGCUCUCCCAGAUGAGCGUCACGGCACCCACCAGCCCACCGGUGCAGCAGAACAUGAUGAACUCGGCCUCAGGUCCUCUGCCUGACGGAUGGGAACAAGCCAUGACUCAGGAUGGAGAAAUCUACUAUAUAAACCAUAAGAACAAGACCACCUCUUGGCUAGACCCGAGGCUUGACCCUCGUUUUGGUAAAGCCGUGAACCAGAGGGUCGGGCAGAGCGCCCCGGCGAAGCAGCCCCCGCCCCUGGCCCCGCAGAGCCCACCGGGGGGCGUCCUUGGCAGCGGCGGCUCCAACCAGCAGAUGCGGCUGCAGCAGCUGCAGAUGGAGAAGGAGAGGCUGCGUCUGAAGCAGCAGGAGCUGCUCCGGCAGGUGAGGCCCCAGGCAAUGCGGAAUAUCAAUCCCAGCUCAGCAAAUUCUCCAAAAUGUCAGGAAUUAGCUCUUCGUAGCCAGUUACCGACACUGGACCAGGAAGGUGGGACUCAGAACCCAGUGCCUUCGCCUGGGAUGUCUCAGGAGCUGAGGACAAUGACGACCACUAGCUCCGAUCCCUUUCUUAACAGUGGCACCUACCACUCCCGCGAUGAGAGUACAGACAGCGGACUGAGCAUGAGCAGCUACAGCGUCCCUCGAACCCCUGACGACUUCUUGAACAGUGUUGAUGAGAUGGACACAGGCGACACUAUCAACCAAAGCACCCUCCCCUCUCAGCAGAACCGCUUCCCAGACUACCUAGAAGCCAUUCCUGGGACGAACGUGGACCUCGGGACGCUGGAGGGGGACGGGAUGAACAUAGAGGGGGAAGAGCUGAUGCCUAGUCUGCAGGAAGCCCUGAGCUCAGACAUCCUCAACGACAUGGAGUCCGUGCUGGCCGCCACCAAGCUCGACAAAGAAAGCUUUCUCACAUGGCUAUAGAGCCCUCAGGUAGACCGAAUUCCAAAUCUGUGAAGGAUCUGAGGAGAUGUGCCCGAAAUUUCCAGGCAUAGCCGGUCGCAGUCUUGUGGCUGAUACAGAGAACGAUGAACAGACGUCCAGCAAGAUUCUCUCACCCACUGUCUCGCUCUUCCUUGUCCGUUGCUGCUGUUAAUAUAUUGCUGACCUCUAUCCUAGUUGGCCCUAAAGACUCGAGACUUUUGUUGUUUCUUUUGCUACUAUAACUACUGUUCGUUUUGGGGGCUGGGGGAAGUGAGCCUGUUUGGACGAUGGACGCCUUUCCUUUUGCCCAGUUAGACAUUCGCCCAUCACCCUAACUGAAUACUCAGACUUGGAACUCGGAUGCUUCGUGUCACAGCAUUUACUCUGUCAGGCAGUUGUUUCUUCAGCUGCGUGUGGUGUGGCCAGUGGAAAACCACAACUGGCUCGUCUGCCAGGCCAGGAAUGUCGGGUCUGAUGUUACGUACUUCGCGCAGAUUUGAUGAGCUAGCUGAAACCGAGGCUGAAGACUGUUUUACUUUCAGUGUUUUUUUUUUCCCCUCCUAGUGUUCUCGUUAGUCACAUAGUGACCUUGAUUUUAUUUUAGAAGCUUAUAAGGCAUGAGAGAGUUUUUUCCAUAGAAAUAUAUUAAUUAUUGCCACAUACUCUAGUAUAGGUUUGGGUGGGUUUAUUGUGGGUUUGCUUCUUGUUUGUUUGUUUCCAUUUUGAUUGGUUGGGUUGUGUUUUUGUUUUGUUUUGUUUUAUUUUUGUUUUUGCCCCCACCCCCCAACCUAGACAAAUUACCAUAGUAGCGAAGAAUCUGUUUAUAGUUGUAUCUCGGGGCGGCUAUUGUAGUGCCUUUGGUAAAAAUCUACAUUUCCUGAUUUUUUUAACAUCUUAUUUAAAUCAUGAUUAUCUGCUCUCUCUAUAUAUAGCCACACACACACACUUAUAAUCUUUGUAAUAGUGUGAUAGCAGAAUGUAUCUUUUUUUUUUUAAGGUUUCCCUACUUUCCAGUUUAUUUUAAAAUGGUAGUUUUGAAUGUAUGCAUUUAGAAUACAUGACGAGUAGUUUAUAUUUCAGAGGUAGUUUAAACCUGGUUGGGGCAGUCUGCAGACAUUUGGGUAGUUUAGUAUUCUAGAAAGGGCUGUUUUUACGUAGAGUGUUGAGAGGAGCACAGUCUGCCCUCUGGCACACAGUAUUGUCUGAUGAAUUUGAAAGAAGAAAACAAGAUAGGGCUUUAUUUUCCCCUUGAUAAUCCCUGGGACUAAUUUUAAGCUUUGAUGGGAAAUCACUGAAUAGGUUCAUAAUAUACGUGACAGAGGUAAGCUUUACAUAGUGGUUUUCCUUCCUUUAGCUUUGGAAAUUUACCUUCGCCCUAGUUUUGGGAGUAAAUUCUAGUACCUUAGUUCUCAUUUGUAACAAACACAUUAAAGACUACAUGGAAAUAUUGCCUACAAGAUAGUUCUUAAAAGACUUGCUCCUACUUCUGUAUGCUGAGAACUGACCCUGGACAGUACAUAGAAUUCUGUCGAGGUUGUGAGUUAGCUGGUAAAGUGAUCAGAUUUAAGAAAUGUAUAUCGGUAGUUGAGUUUAGCAAAGAAAUAGAGAUAAUCCUGAUUAUACUUUUAUUUUUACAGGAAGAGAUAUAACUAGAGUAUGUGUCUACAGGAGUCAUAAUGGUUUCCAAAGAGUAUUUUUUAAAGGAACAAAAUGAGCAUGAAUCAACUCUUCAGUAUAAGCUAUGAAGGUAAUAGUUGGUUGUGAAUUAUAGUGGCACCAGCUAGCGCCUCUGUGAUUAAGGGUCUUUUGUUGUUUCUAGAAUAAGCCCUUAUUUUCAAGGGCUCAUGACCGACAUAAAAAUCUAUUUUCCUGGCUAAAACUGUUAAUGGAAGAUAUGCUUGGGAAGAUAGAUUUUUUUUUUUUAAUUACAAAAUCAGAGUAUUUUGACCCUUCAGUUUAGAGGAGAGCAGAAGUCAGGAGUGAGACAUUUUAGAUUAAGUACCUCCAGUGCUCAAACAUGCAGUCGCUGUGCCGUACAUAAUGAUCCUUAGGUUGAUCAUUUGCAAUUACUGGAUCUAAGGGUUUUAUUAAGAAAACAACAGAAAGAGUAAAUCUUGACUUACCUGAGGGGAAAUGGCCACUGUGCAGAUUCACUGAUUUUUUUUUUUUUUUUUUAAGAGCAAUAAUGAAAUUGUACCUAGAAUGCAUAAUUGAGUAAAUGGACGAUCCAGCAUGUUGUUUUUUCUCUUGUGCUGAAGGUCAGAGCUACUCGGAAGGCACUCCCAGCUUGCCAGUAAGCUGCAUCUGAAACAGCCACAGAGUAGGCUUAGGCCCGGGGGCGGGGGGCGGGGGGGGGGGCAUGGCAGGGGUCUCGAGGACUCAGUGGGACCUUGGUAGAGGACUUGAUGAAUUUCUUUUUCUUCCGUAAAGACUGGUCUUGCAACUCGCUGUCAUUAAAGGUGGUUGUUCCUAAAGUUUCAGUCACUUCAGUACAGCCACAAAACAGGAAUAGGAGUUCUUGUCGCCUCGACUUUAGCUCGCCCGGUUACACCUUGGUGCUGAGGCACCUGACGGCCGCCAUAUUUGACCUUGUCAUGCCCUCUGUACUGAUGACCUGACAGAGACCUAGGAGUUCUUCCUCUGAUCACAGCGCUGAUGUGGCCUUUCUUGUUGUAUGUCCUCGUUCCUAACGUAAAAGUGUUUAAGUGCUUCCUGGUUGUAUCGGGUAGCGUCGGGAUAAGAUUUUAACUGGGUAUUCUUGAAUUGCUUUCACAAUAAACCAAUUUUAUAAUCUUUAAAUUUAUCAGCUUUUUACAUUCUGUGUUCUUUUCAGUUAGGGCUUCUUAGAGCUACUCACACUUGAUGGAACGUGUUGAUUUGGGGUUUCAGAUUUUCCAAAGCACUAUGUGUGGUCAUAACUAUUUUCUAAUAAAUAUAGUGUCUUUUUUAAAAAAGAAAAAAAAGCAUUAAGGAAGUGACUUUAUAUACAAAUAAUAUUGUUUCAAGUAUUCAUAUUAAAUAGGUGCAUUUUAUUGGGAGUUUGGCAGAAACAUUGAAAAAUAACGGUAAUUGAUUGUAAUUCAUAACCCACACCAGUGUUGACACUUACAGUGCAAAAGCGAGAAGCGGUGUCCAAUGACUGACAAGUGCGGAGUGUUCACAUCUGAGAAGUGAGUACUCAGAUGUAUUUUAUCUCCAGCAAGCAUGUUUUUGUAAGGGUUGUGGGUGUGCCUAUCUUAACAGUUGUCUUCUGUAUCAUGAAAAGUAUUCUCCACAAUUUAAAUGUUUUAUAUUAGAGAAUUCUUUAACGCACACUUCUGAAAUGUACAUAUAUAGUACCCAUUACCUUUUUGUUAUCUGUUUUAGAUGUAAGAGCAUGCUCAAAUGUUAGGUACUUACAUAAAUUGUUACAUUUUUUUUCUUAUGUAAUACUUUUUUGUUUAUGUGGUUCAAAUAUAUUCUUUCCUUAAACUCUU